AUGACGAAAAAGUCAACGACAAAGCUUUCUGACAAACUGAAGACCGUGUGUGGGUGCUAUCCCAAAAAAAAGUCUGACCGAGACGACUGCUAUCAAAAGGUGCUUGCUCCUUUCCCUGUUCUUGUCUGUCUCAAUUCGAUUUCCCUCUUCAUAACAUCAAAUUAUUCUUUUUCCAGAUGGCUGCUCUGAAACCGAGUGCUCCCGAAAUCCGCAAAGCUGCUCAGGAGUUUGUCAGCUAUCUCAACAAGGCAGUAACUCCAUUCCAUGGUGGGCAACCAGAUUUGUAUACUUUUCUAAUUUCAAUACUUUCAGCCACACAGGAGGUGAAAGAUCGACUCGUUCAAGCUGGUUUCAAGGAACUUCCGGAAGCGGGCCACUGGGACAUUCAGCCAACGAGCAAGUACUUCGUCACCAAGAACCGCUCCGCCAUUCUCGCUUUUGCCGUCGGCGGAGCGUACAAACCGGGCAACGGCUUCUCAAUUGUCGUUGGACACACCGACAGCCCGUGCCUUCGUGUCAAACCGAUUUCCCAUCAGAAGUCCGACAAGUUUUUGCAAGUGGGCGUAUCCACCUAUGGUGGCGGCAUCUGGAGAACGUGGUUCGAUCGGGACCUGUCCGUCGCCGGACUUGUCAUCGUCAAGACUGGAGAAGGCAUGCAGCACAAGCUGAUCAAUGUAAAGAAGCCUGUGCUCUUUAUCCCAAAUCUCGCAAUUCACUUGGAGACUGACCGGUACCGAAAUACGCUGUUUGCCAAACUUGAAAAAGACUUUUCAGGACGACUUUCAAGCCAAACACUGAGACGGAACUUCGUCCGAUUCUCGAAACGUUUGCGGCCGCAGAGAUCAACGGACAGAACAAGGAAGACCCGAAGGUAAAAGAAAACUGUUAAUCUGAAGUCAAAAUUCGGUUCAGAAAGAGUACGAUCCUCGUAACAUCACCGGAAACCACCAUCCACAGUUCUUGGGACUGAUUGCAAAAGAGGCCGGAUGCCAGCCAGAAGACAUCGUCGAUCUGGACCUCUACCUCUACGACACCAACCCAGCGGUAAAUUUAGUUCCUUCUUCCAAACCAAAGUUGUGUUCGAUUUCAGGCGAUUGUCGGAGUGCAGGAUGAGUUCAUUUCGGGCGCCCGUUUGGAUAAUCAAGUCGGCACGUACACUGCAAUCAGUGGACUGCUCGAUUCCCUCAACGGAGACUCUCUCCAGAUUGACGAACAGAUUCGCAUCGCCGCCUGUUUCGAUAAUGAGGAAGUCGGCUCGGAUUCUGCAAUGGGGGCAUCCUCCUCUUUCACUGAAUUCGUUCUCAGAAGACUUUCCGCCGGCGGAUCGGCAACCGCGUUCGAAGAGUCCAUCGGCAAGAGUAUGCUCAUUUCAGCCGAUCAGGCGCACGCUGCUCAUCCAAACUACUCGGCCAAACACGAAGAGAACCACCGCCCGGCCUUCCACGGAGGAGUCGUCGUCAAAGUGAACGUGAACCAGAGAUACGCGACCACUUCGACCACCCACGCGGCUCUCAAACAAGUCGCUUUCGAGGCCCAAGUGCCUCUGCAAGUCGUCGUCGUUCGCAAUGACUCUCCAUGCGGAUCCACCGUCGGUCCGAUCCUUGCCACUAAACUCGGUCUUCAGACGGUCGACGUCGGAUGCCCACAACUCGCAAUGCAUUCCAUUCGGUAGGUUUCCAGCUUGACUGACCAUUGCAUUGUUUUCUUUUUGUAGCGAGUUCGCCGACACUUCGAGCAUCCUUCAGGCCACCACUCUCUACACAAAGUUCUUCCAACGCCUCUCGACUAUUCUCUCGAGCAUGCAGUAA